CGUGGACUUGUCAGUGGUUGGGCCUUCAAAGCGGAGAAUCGUCAACGUCAAACAUUGCUCACAGGUCCCGGUUGGAAAUUUCUUUUAUUUCAAGUAUUUUACGUGGACUUGACAAAAGAUACCGUAAAAAAUGGGUGUAAUGGAAUCGUUGCAACUUGACAGCAUGCUCGGCGACGUACAACGUAUGGAUAAAAGACAGUUUUUAUAUCAGGUACUUAGUUUUGGUAUGAUUGUUUCGUCUGCGCUUAUGAUAUGGAAGGGUCUAAUGGUUGUGACUGGAAGUGAAUCACCCAUUGUCGUCGUGCUCAGUGGCAGUAUGGAACCAGCUUUUCAUCGAGGGGAUUUACUGUUCCUGACAAACUACCGUGAAGAGCCCGUCCAAGUAGGAGAAAUUGUCGUAUUCAAAGUGGAAGGACGGGACAUACCAAUCGUUCAUAGAGUAAUUAAAUUGCAUGAAAGUCGUAACAAUGGAACCGUAAAAUUCCUCACAAAAGGUGAUAAUAAUUCCGUAGAUGAUAGAGGAUUAUAUGCCCCCGGUCAAUUAUGGCUGACGAAAAAAGACAUUGUGGGCCGAGCGCGAGGCUUCCUUCCAUACGUAGGCAUGAUUACGAUAUACAUGAAUGAAUAUCCAAAUUUGAAGUAUGCUAUUCUGGGAAUUCUGGCGAUUUACGUUCUUCUGCAUCGUGAAUAAUACAUAAGAAAAAUCUCGGUGUAUUAUUCCAUACGCAGCACAAAAGAGUGUAAUUUACGGAAAAGAAGAGGCGAAAAAAAUACGAACACAUUCUUUAUUUUUCAAAAAACAAAAAAAAAAACAAUCGAAUUGUCCACCUUCCAUACACUUAAUUUUUUCCUCUGUUUAAGAUAGAGAAAGGAGGCGGAGGAUACAGGAUUAAUUAACCACACGUUUAUGUGUGUUUAUAUCGUUAAGUACUGAUGUGAAAAAAAAAUAAAACCUGUGUGUGUAAAAGACUUCGAAAUGUGUUGCUAGAAUUGUUUUCUUUUUUAUAUAUUUUUUUGGAGGAAAUAAAUUAUAAAAAUAAA